AUGUGUCGUGUAAAUAAAAAUAUACGUUAAGAAGAGCCAUUUACUAACUAAUAUUUUAUAUUGUUGGAUUUUCGCUGAUGUUGGAGCGACCACGGACUAUAUAUUUUCUAUAACAUCCAAUCAGCUUAAACCAUAAUACGGUCACGUGCCCAUAUAUAGCCUGUCAUCUGGCAUAACAUAAGAAAAAAUUUAUUGUGUGAGGAUGGCGUGCCAAUAGUUUCAAGUUCAUUUAUUAAUUUUCUUUAAAAAUGUAUCCGAAUUCUAAUGAUAUGGAGUUUAUUCAACCUCCAGAAGCCCCUAUUUUUGAACCAGACGAAGAGGAGUGGAAAGAUCCAUUGGGUUUUAUAGCAAAAAUAUAUCCUUACGUUGUUAAAGUUGGGAUUUGUAAAAUAAGACCUCCGCCGGAUUGGCAACCUACAUUUUCUGUUGAUGUUGAAAAAUUUCGUUUUACGCCUAGAAUUCAAAGACUUCAUGAGCUGGAGGCAAAAACUCGUGUUAAACUUAAUUUUUUUGAUACUAUUGCAAAGUUCUGGGAACUGCAGGGUUCAUGUAUAAAGUUACCAAACAUUGAGAAGAAGCCUCUAGAUUUGCAUGAAUUGCACAAGAUAGUUCAAACAGAAGGAGGAUAUGAGGAUGUAACUCGGUUACGUCGAUGGAGUCGUAUUGCUUUAUUGAUGGGUUAUUCUAGUCCUCAAGCUAGUGCAAUAUUACGUCGUCAUUAUGAAAAGAUACUUUAUCCUUAUGAUGUUUUUAUGUCUGGUGCCAUGAUUGGGGAGAGUAAUAUGACUGAAAACACAGAAUUCAAAGAUAGACAAGAGGAAAAAAAAAAUAGCGAUGUUUCAUCCAAUAAUUCACGUCACACACGCCAAUCAAAAUAUAAAAGUGACUCACUUGACAAUAUGCCUGAAGUAAAUUUUGAGGCAAACACAGAGUUAAAAAAACUACAAUUUUUGGCUCCAGGUCCCAAAAUUGCUGGUACAAAACCUGCCGGACGAACUAAGCGUCGUAACAAGAAGUAUGAAGAUCAUUUUGUUGAUGAUAGUGAACUCUCUGCAAUUCAAGGUCAAAAUCAUAGUUUUGGCAAUGAUAAAAACAUUUUUAGUGUUGUUGCAUCAUGGCAGGGUGUUCAAGACUACAGAUGCAAUGUAUGUGAAUUUGGAGAUGAAGAACAUUGUAUGCUUUUGUGUGAUUCAUGUGAUUCUUCAUAUCACUCAUUUUGUUUGAUCCCUCCUCUUCAAAGUGUACCCCCUGGUGAUUGGAGGUGCCCAAAAUGUGUGGCCAAGGAGUGUAGUAAACCUACAGAAGCCUUUGGUUUCGAACAGGCCAAAAAGGUUUACUCAUUGCAGAGUUUUGGUGAAAUGGCUGAUAAAUUUAAAGAAGACUAUUUCUCAAUGCCACCCCAUGAAGUUCCAUUACAUGUUGUUGAAAAAGAAUUUUGGAGACUUGUGCACUCCAUUGAUGAAAAUCUUUGUGUGGAAUAUGGAGCUGAUCUGCAUACAAAAGAUCUCGGAUCUGGAUUCCCUUUGGCUAAUAAUACAGAUAAUCCUGAAGAUCAAGUUUACAUUGAUUCUCCUUGGAAUCUAAACAACUUAGCCAAUAAUGAUAAAUCUGUAUUAAAGUUUAUCACUCAGGAUAUCUCAGGAAUGAAGGUACCCUGGUUGUACAUCGGCAUGUGCUUUUCAAGUUUUUGUUGGCAUACAGAAGAUCAUUGGAGUUAUUCUAUAAACUACUGUCAUUGGGGGGAACCAAAAACAUGGUAUGGUGUUCCUGCUAGUGAAGCUGAAAAACUAGAGAAUUGUGUCAAAAGCAUUGCUCCUGAAUUAUUUGAGAAAAAUCCUGAUUUACUUCAUCACUUAGUGACUACUUGUUCACCAAUGACACUAAUGAAUUAUGGAGUUCCUGUAUUUCGUACCGAUCAACAUGCUGGAGAGUUUAUUAUUACUUUUCCUAGAGCAUAUCAUGCUGGUUUUAACCAAGGCUACAAUUGUGCAGAAGCUGUUAACUUUUGUCCAGCAGAUUGGCUGUCAAUUGGAUUUGAUUGUAUUGAGCAUUAUCGAAAAUUGCAAAGAGCAGUAGUGUUUUCUCAUGAAGAACUUGUGUGUAAAAUGGCAUCUGUUCCAGAAGCUCUUGAUCUUGACAUUGCAAAAAAAUUAUAUGAGAACCUGAAAUUAUUGGUUGACAUCGAGUUGUCUGAGAGAGCAAGUCUUCAUGAAAAGGGUAUAAAAGAUAGUGAGUUUUGUCCUUAUGAACUGAUAUCUGAUGAUGAGCGCCAAUGUGACUAUUGCAAGUGUACAUUAUAUUUUUCAGCUGUUGUGUGCUCUUGUGAUAAUAAACGCUUAUCUUGUCUAAAGCAUCCAGAUGAAAUCUGUGUUUGCCAAAACAUUAGAAAAUUUAUACGGUAUCGAUAUACUUUAAAUGAACUACCAGAAUUGUUAAGUAGUGUUAAAAAAAGGGCUGAUUCUUUUGAUAAUUGGGAAAAACAAGUGCAAAAAAUAUUGUCCUGUUCAUCCCAAGAUAGAUAUGAUGUCUCAGUUUUCAAAGAGCUAAUUAAUGAAUCUGAACAAAACAAUUAUCCUGACUGCGAACUACUAGAACAACUAAAAUCGACUAUUGUAGAAGCCGAUCAGUGUUCACAAGUGGCUAUCCAGUUUAUUGCUAAAAAACACAAAACAAGAAAAUCCAGCAGCAUUGCGUCAUCAUCUCAACCACGUCUUACUUUGGAGGAACUCAAUGACUUUGUUCUUCAAGUUAAAAAUCUACCAUGUAUUAUUAAAGAAGCAAAAGCAAUUGAUAUACUUAUGCAGCAAAUUGAAAAUUUUCAACAUGAAGCUCAUCUUGUUUUGAACUCAGAUAACUACAAUGAGCCAAAGGUCUUAGAAUUAAUAGAGCAUGGCAACUCAAUGGAUGUUGAGUUGCCAGAAUUGAAUGAGUUAAAGAUGGAUCUCAAAGCCUCAAAAUGGCUUGGAGAAAUUGUUCAAUUACUAAAUCAAGAAGAACCUGUUUCGCUUGAUGUUAUGCGAACAUGUGUUGAUCAAGGCAUUGGACUUAAAAAAAAGCCAGUGUCUAUUGAGCCAUUGUCACGCCUUAAAGAAUUGUUGUUUUCUGCUGACCGCUGGGAAGAAAAAGCAAAACUGUGCUUACAAGCUAAACCGCGACACAUGAUCAGUACAUUAGAUGUCAUUGUACAAGAAGCCUCCAAAGUCAGAAUUAUUCUACCAAAUGUCUCAAUGUUAAGAGAUGCUCUUAAUAAAGCAAAAGAAUGGACAUCAAUAGUCGAAAGAAUGCAGAAUGAUGACUAUUAUCCAUAUUAUGAUGUAUUGGAUACCUUAGUCUCUAAUGGUAGACCAAUUCCAGUUAGAUUAGAACAGUUAUCUCAAAUGGAAUCACAAGUUGCAGCUGCUCGUGCUUGGAAAGAGAGAACAUCCAGAAUAUUUCUCAAAAAGGGUUCAGAAAAAAGUUUGCUUGAGGUUAUUAGACCACGCAAGGAUGUUGGCGUUUUUGAUAUUAAAUUAAAAUUAGAGAAAAAAUCAGAUGAAUCUGAUGAACAUAAAAAAUUCGAAGCAAAAAAAGAGAUAAAAAAAGAUGCUUGUUUAAAAGAAGAGAUAAAAAUGGAAUGUGAUGAUAAAAGUGAAAAUGAAGGGUGCCACAGUUAUGUAGAUGAAUAUAUAUCACGUGAUCCAAAUGUAGUUAUGCAAGCAUUAAAACUUGCCGAAAAACAUGAAAUUGAGGCUGUUAGAAAACUUAGAUGUAAUAACAGAGACAAACUAAUUACAGAAAAUAUAGAAGGUCCCUAUUGCUUUUGUCGGAAACCAAUAGAUGGCCUAAUGGUUCCUUGUUCUCUUUGUUUAGAAUGGUACCACACUACGUGUAUAGUUGCCCCUAAAACUGUAUAUGGUAAACCUAUAGGUAAAGGAUUUACUGCGUGUUCUGUGUCUCGUGAAGUUCAUUAUUUAUGUCCAGAAUGUUGUCGUACUCGACGUCCACGUAUCGAUGCAAUAUUGUCUCUUCUUAUGUCAUUGCAGAAACUUCCUGUGCGUAUUCCUGAAGGAGAGGCUCUUCAGUUCCUCACAGAGCGCGCAAUGAACUGGCAGGAUCGUACUAAAGUUGUUUUAUCACAUCCUGAGAUACAACGAGUUAUAGAUAAUGUAAAACGUGAUAUAGAGCUUGUUGAAAAACAUGUUUCACACCUGCUUUUAAUACAAAGACUUCUUGCUGUAAAAAAGUUAGUUAAAUAUGAGAAACAAUUAAAUGAAGAUGUUAAACUUGAUUUAAACCAACAAUCGUAUGUUAAACCAGAGACAAUAGAUAUAGAUUCAUCUUCUAUGCAACCACUAGAAACUAAACCUUUAUUUGCAGAGUCGGGUCUUGAAUGCACAGAAAAAAUGUGUAAUCAAAGUCCUAACUCUAAAGAAAAUUUUGAUAACUCUUUUUCUAAUCAUACUUUCGUUCAAAUUCAGAGCUCAAAUUCACCAUCUACAACAUAUCUUAAUGAUAUUAAUGUUUCGAAUCCUGAUAGAAAUGAGCUUACGAUGUUACCACUGCCUAACUCUGUAUUAAACGAGCUUGACGUGCUAUUAUAUGAAGGUAGUAUUUUAGAAGUUGGACUAGACGAAGUAGAGGUCAUAUGGGCUAUAUUGCAAAUUCAAAGACCGCUUUUAAAAGAAGAAUGUAUGAUAAUGAAUGCAGAAUAUCGUCGCAAUCUUGCAAAAAAAUUAAAGAAACAAAGAAAGCGUAAAAGUGAUGAUUCCAAACAAACAGUUAAGGCAGUUACAAAUUUAUCGAUCGUUGAUGGCGCUGCUGUUAAGAAGCUGAAAGAUAUUGUUUCACGUCGGAAAAAAAAUGAAAAGCUUAUAAAGAUUCGUUUUCCUAUAAAUAUUGAUAAAGAUGAAGACGAAGAUGAUUGUUCUGCCAAACCAUGUUUAAAACCUUUAGGCGAAGAAGUUGAGUGGGUAAUGUGUGAUACUUGUAAUAAUUGGUAUCAUUGUGCUUGUGUUAGGAUAAGUGCUCAGGAAGCAAUUAAUGCAGACGAGUAUAAAUGUCCUUAUUGUAAAACAAUUCAAAAUGAUAAAAUUCAAAAAAAUGCGCCUGGUCUUACAAUUAUGGCAGAGUUGGCGCAUCAUUUAAUAAAAGUUUCUCCUGUAAAUAAACAUUCAGAUGAUUUUUCAGACAAAAACAUUUCACAUAUAUCAGAGUUAGAUAGUUUGCUCUGCUUAGCCAAUGCUAGUCAAAGUAUGAAUUUUGGACCACUAGGUACUAUUUCUCCAGAUAUAGAUUCUAUGAAAUAUUAUGAUUCUAAAGACAUUGCGUCACAAGUUAAUCGUGUAAUAGAAGCACCAAUGUAGUUCGAAGUGAAUUGCUAACUUGCUUCUUAAUUUGACAUAAAUAACUCUUUUUUUUAUCGGUAUUUUAUUUUCUGUUGUAUAUUUUUUAUUCUAUUUUAGCUGUUGGUAAUUUCUCAGACGAAAAGACAAAUAGCUUUUAUUUA